AUGCAGGAAGAAAAGGACUAUAUCAAAACAAUUAAGCAGAUAUGCGAGCUCCUGCAAAGCGACCCUACGCCAGCAGUCAUCCAGGGGCUGCGCACUUCCUUUGAGGCCCUGAGCAAGCAACUGAGGGCCGGUCCAUUUCUGGAGGUGUUUGAGACCACGCUAAGUAAUAUCCCGUUUGCAGCCUUGUUUUCGCUGUUGGCCGCGCCUGAUAAUAGGCUUAUUGUUAUAGUGGCGGAGGUUACCGCACAGCUGCUGAAGCCGGUGACUUGGGCCAUGGUGCAUCAGACGUUCGAGGAGUAUAUUGUACAGGGGUUGGGCCAUCCUCAUCGCGAUGUCAAGUGCCUGGUUCUUAGACAGUUCCUCAAGUGCGAGCAGAAGAGCGACCCAUUUUCUCCGCAGUACGGCCCUUAUCUGUGGAAGUGUCUUGAGGGAACGAGCGACAAUGGCUCUACCAAACUGGCCAAGCAGGUGCUGAUACAUCUGUGCACAGUUGGCAUGGGAAUGGACUACCUGUUCACCGAAGAGAGCCUGGGCGCCGUCAGACAGAUGCUCGCGGGAAACGAGAGCCAGCGGUUCCGAGUGUACGACGUCAUGGCCUCCGCAGUCAAGCAGUCUGACACUGCGUUCGAGUUUUUCCGCCAAGAGGGCAUCAUCGACACCUUUUUGAAAGAGGUGUCCUCCAAAGACGCCCUAGUAUCGAUGAACUUUUAUGAGCUCGUUCCUUUGUUGUGCGCCUCCUCGGUGCCGUUCGAAUACCUUGAAUCGCAGGAGGUGUUUUCCAAUGCGCUGGGCAGUCUUGUUGACAUUAAGGGCGACUACAGCGUCACCGGGUCGCUCACGCGCAUUGCCGUGCUCAAGCUGUUCUCGCGUAUGGUUGAUGCUCCCGGAGUCGACGCGAAGGAGUUUUUGGAAAAGUACGCCGUUGUGCCAGAGUUGAGCGAGCUGAUUCUGCUGUCGGACUCGAGAAGCGAGCUCAAAGUCACCGCCAUCAACUGCUUGGGCGCGAUGGGCAAUAACCCGCGGGCACUCGAGUACUUGGCAAAGGAGAAAACGGCACUCAACGCGCUAGUCACGGUCUACUCAGAGUCGCUGACCCAGCUGCGCGUCGAGUGUCUAAAGGCUGUCGCGUGUAUCUUUGGAAGCUCGUCGCCCACGCCGUCGAAGGAGAUAUCUCAGGCAUGCUACGAACUGUAUAUUCAGCUGGCUGAUGGCAAAUUCCUGGUGGGUCUGACCAAAGAGAUCAUGACGGGCUUUGAGGAGUCUUGCGUGGCUGGGCUGGCGGUGAUCCAGAAGAUAACCCACCAUGUGUGGGGUAUCCGCGAGAUUGCAAAAUACCAGAACAUUGUCAACUUUUUGUUGAUGCGCGAUACAUCGCGUGGCAGGGAUGCACAGCAGUGGCAGUUUGCGGCCAUUGAGUCUAUGGUGCAGUCGCCCAGUGCCAAGGAGGCAUUUGAUUCUGAUACGCUUGGUCGGUUAAGCAAAUAUGUCAGGGAGGGGCCGUAUUUUGUCAAUGCUGUGCCGCAGAUAAUGCCCCGUGUCGUCACCAAAAAGAAGGUCCGCCAUGACCCGCUCCAUGUCGAGCUCAAUGCCGAUGGUCAGAUCAAGGAGAAGGGCAGAACAAAGUACACCGAGCGCGAAAACAGGCGACUGAAAAAGGACGGCCAAGAAGGGCUUGUCGACCCAAAGACUUCCAAGCGGCUGCUAAAGAUAGCCCGCGAGCAACAGGAUGAAAUCGAGGGUGAAGAGGCCGGCGACCAGUACGCCGACUUCCCGUCAGACGCUAGCAGUGACGAGGGUGAGUCUGGGAGCGAGGAAGAUAGCCAGGAGGAGUUUGAGGAUGAAGAGUAUGAGUUUGAGGAGGAGGAGCUGGAGGGCGACGAUGCCGAGAUUUUUGAAAAGUUUAUGCCUGCUGCGCCGCGCGAGCGCCAGAACCUGGCGGACAUCAUUAUGUCCAAGAUCAAGGAUCGCGAAGCAACCCAGGCUGCCGCUAACCGCGUGAAGGUCGAUGAGGAAGGACGUGUGAUUCCGGCGGGCGUCGACCCUAAGGUUGUCCAGGUGUACACGAAGAUCGGCGAGCUCCUUGCCCGCUACAAAUCAGGAGCCGUGCCCAAGGCAUUCAAGAUCAUCCCGUCUAUCCGUAACUGGGAGGAGAUCCUUUAUCUGACAGCCCCAGAGAACUGGACCACACAGGCGACAUACCAGGCCACCCGCCUUUUUGUCUCCAACAUGAAGCCCAAGCAGGCACAAAAGUUCCUCAGCCUGGUUGUCCUCGACCGCGUGCGCGAUGAUAUUACCGAUAACAAGAAACUCAACUACCACCUGUACAUGACGCUCAAGAAGGCACUGUACAAGCCCGCGGCUUUCUUUAAGGGUAUUUUGUUCCCGCUUUGCGAGAAUGGCACGUGCACUUUGCGCGAGGCUGUCAUUAUUGGCUCCGUGUUGGUCAAGGUCUCAGUCCCCGUCUUGCACUCUGCCGCUGCGCUAUACCAGCUGUCCGAGAUGGAGUACUCGGGCCCGACCUCUGUUUUUAUCCGUAUUUUGCUGGACAAGAAGUACGCUCUGCCGUACAAGGUCGUUGAUAGCCUUGUGUUCCAUUUCAUGCGGUUCAGGUUGGAUGAGCGCCAGUUGCCUGUGCUGUGGCAUCAGUCGUUUUUGGUGUUUGUUCAGAGGUACAAGGCUGAUUUGACACCUGAGCAGAAGGAGGGUCUGUUGAGUGUGUUGAAGACCCAGUACCAUGAUGGUAUUUCGGAGGAGAUUCGUCGCGAAAUUAACAACUCGGUGUGCCGUGGUGAGCUCAUUGUGCCCCAGGAUGCCAUGGAUAUUGAGAUGAGCUAG